AUGGUUUAUUUGCACCUUCUCAAACAAACAAAUACUGGUACGGUUUGGGAUGUUGUGAGUAGGAGAGUAGGUGCGUCGAAAAACAAGUUUAAGUACUUGUUCUUUGCUCUUGGCGCCUGCAUUCACGCAGCAAAGUUUAUGAGGAAAGUUUUGAUUAUCGAUGCAACGACUAUAAAAGCAAAGUUUCGUGGAUGUUUGCUAACCGCUAUCUUUCAAGAUGGAAAUUUCCAGAUAAUGCCUUUGGGUUUUGCAGUCGUUGACUCUGAGAACGAACAAGCAUGGACAUGGUUUUUCAAAAAACUUAUGUCCAUAGUUCCAGACGCAGAUGACUUGGCGGCGUGUGCUUACACAGUUGGCGAGUUCAGGCAAAAGUUUGAUGAAAUCGAGAGGAGAAGUCCUUUGUGUGCGAACUAUCUAAGAGGAAUAGGGAUCUCACACUGGUCACGAGUGUAUUUCCAGGGUAAACGAUACAACAUUAUGAGCAGCAACAUUGCCGAGAGUCUUAACGCUGCAAUGGCUAAAGCUUUGGAGUUCCCUAUUGUUUCAAUGGUAGAAACAAUACGAAUGAUGUUAAUGAGAUGGUUCUACUGUAGACGUUCAAAAGCUAACAAGCAUCUCGGUCCUGUCACACCUGAGGUUGAGGAAUUACUUCUCAAACAUCUAUCUGAUUCAGCUGGCUUAAGUGUGUCACCAGCCAGCGCAGACAUAUACCAAGUUAGUAACAGCCAUGGUAUCUUGUUUACUGUUGAUCUAGACAGGAAGACCUGCACCUGCAAAGUCUUUGAAACACUUGGAAUUCCGUGUUCCCACGCAUUGGCGGCUGCAAGGGUUAAUGGGAUUCCAAUACCACGUCUAGUUGAAGAGAACUACAAGUCUGAUUUAUGGAGAAACACUUAUAGUGUUGUCGUCAUGUUGGUUCCUGAUGUUGCUGACCACGACAUUCCAGAGGACAUGCUCAAUCCAAAUGGAGUUCCCCCGGAAACAAAUGCAGGGCCAGGACGCCCAAGGAAGAGGAGGAUCCCUUCAAAUGGCGAGGAACGGGCAAUAAAGAGAAGGAAGAUCGGACCAAGCAGGUGCAGGAGGUGUUAUGGGACAGGCCAUAACAGGGCUACUUGUAGGAACCCUAUACCAUAG